CUUGAAGCGACGGGGACGUCGAUGGCGUCGGCACCCGUCGAGAAGCGGCAGCAGCGAUGCUCACAAGGGUCCAAGUCCAACGUGGGAGGAGGACCUGCACCGCACAUGAAGAAGCUCAAGUCGCGAUCGAAACACUCGUUCCGUUCUGGGUCGUCAAACCUGGAGGCGGCGAUUCUGGCCGCGGCCGUCCAUGACAACGAAAACGACGAGCAUCCUCACGACGGCAAAACGUUUGCUGCGUCGUACUGGAAGCAGCAAGUCCUUGCGUCCAAGCGCAAGCUCAGCGCCGUCGUCGACCGCCACACCCGCGACAUCUACGAUCUUCACCACAAGCUCCGACGCACGCCCGACGUCGCGCUGCCCCAGCUCGACCUCCUUGAUCGCGCACGUGACGCGACGCUGCGCCAAAUCGUAUCCAAACCAGUGCCAACUCGCGACACGGUGCCAGCGACUAUUCCACAGCCUUCGACUCUCACCGAAAGACGGACUAGGUCCACAUCGAUCGACUCUUGGACAAGGCGGACGCUCGAGCGCUGAAUGUCCCGACGUCGCUGCACGCACAUGUGGUCGAGCACAUCGGCGACCUCUUGGCGCGUUGCCGCGUCGCACAGGCUCAUACGCUGUCGUCCCUCGUUCGAACGGCGUUUCCAUCGAGCCAUCUUUUGGAAGCGUACGACACUCAGACCGCCGCCCUCCAGGCCCGCCACGACGACCUCCGUUUUCAAUUGGCACGGUUGAAGUCGACAGAUGCAGUCGAAGCGACGGACCUCAAGCACUUUUUGCGGUUCCUCGAGACCAAGCACGCGGUCACAAAGCUCGCGAAUCGCUUUGCCCACCGCAUGGAGCUCCUCAAGCACACCCAUCGCAGUGCGAUCCUGCGCCGCAUGCACCAGAUUCUCAUGCCUCCACCCCCCCCCGUCGCAUCGUUGGACAGCACUCCGGUUGUCAAGGCCAACACGUCCACCCCCCCCAAGUUCCUGCUGCAAGAACACGCGAUGGAUUUGGAGAUUGCCGCGCUUAAGACAAAGCUUGGCAUCGAACAACCGACGGUGUCGAGCAGCCCCGAAGACCUGCUGCAGCAAUUGCGGCGGGACUUCGGCACACUCUUCAGUCGCCAUGUCGCGCCAUACCAAAGCGACGCCAUCAUUCGAAAGGACGCGCCGACUCGAUCGGGCACAGACGGCAACCCAACCAUCUUCCCCCAUGUCCCAACACCCCACCGCCAACAACGCAUCGGGGUGGUGGAGAAAAAAAUGUCGAAUUGCAUGGUCCUCGAAGCCGAGAUGAAAUUUUGCAGCGCCGUGGAAGCCCAGCACGUCUUGGAUCGCUUGGAAGGGCUGGCCGCGAGCCACGUCAAGCGCGCCCUCUUGACCAUUGAUGCCGUCGAACUACGAGAGAACUCUGGAUCGCUAAAUGAACGGCUGGCACUUGCUGAGCCCCCCAAUGCGCCUACUUUACCCGAUGCGAAAGUCAAGGCGUACUACAUCCUUCGGCUCCUCGCGAUUCGGCAGUGCAAACAUCGCAUGGUGGAAUUCCUAAACUACUUCCGAGCAGUUGAGGCGCACAUCUUGCUCGAUUGCGACGAAUCGAUGGCAAACGUCCGCGACACACCCGUAGAGAGCAGCCCCGCCGCAGCCGCGCCCCCCGAACGACAUUAUGACCGCCUUGAUGAGGCCAACGACAUGCGUAUGGUUGACCAUGCUGACCGACCGUUCGUCUACUCGACGGCAUGGGACGAUCUCAUCGACAUCGAGCAGGACAUGCUAUCGAUCGGAAGCGCCGUGGCUUCAUUUGACGAGCGGGAGACGCUCAAAGCCGGCGCCGAGCGCAAAGUUGUCGCAGUCGUCGAUCGGUUCAGCGUCCUGCGCGACCUCUACGAGUGUGAAUCGUGGUUCCUUGAAGCAAAAUUCAAGUUGGUCCGGCGGCUCUUCGACGAUGUGUACAUGCACGCAUACGGCCGCGAGGCGCAGCGGCAAGUUGCGCAAGACUUGCUCGACCUCGUCGCCGAGCGCCCGAUGGUCGACUUGACGGAGCGGUACUUCUGGGAUGCUUACGUGUCGCAAGUGAUCGCGACGGAGAUCCAAACAAAGUCGCUGGCUGGCGUGCUGGCUGGCGUCGACGCCAGUCUCGAAGACAUGCUGUUUUCAACCGCAGAGGCGGCUGUCGUUGUGCGCACAUCCACGAGGCAAGCGAUCGCGGCCAUGGACACGUCGAUGCCCCACUUGACCACGAUCGAGCGUCUGUCGAUGCGCCGCGCGGUGCACGAGCAAGCGGUCGUGUGCUGGCACAUCGUCGUGACGGAGGAACGCGAGUACGUCACUGCGUCGUCGUCAAUCCAUGCCGCCGUCUUUGCCAACUACUACGCAAAAGAUAGCGGCGUCGGCACACUCAUUGAGCAAGCUGCGAACGACGUGUACCGCCGCCACAUUCAAAGCCAUCCCUUGCCGAACGAAGAAAGUCUCGGCGACCAGGUGCACCAUCUCGGAACGGCCUACGUCCAAGUGCUUAGCCGUGCAGUGUGGUUCUUCAAGUUGCAAUGCGAACUGGGCCAGCACUUGUAUGCCACCGGUCUCCUGGAGCAACUGCAUGCGUCGCACAUGCAGCAGCUCUUUGCCGACGACGGCUGCCCCGUCGUACCCAUGGGCCGCACGAAACCCGCGUCCUCCGUGCUGGACCAGAGCCCCGCGAUUGAAGCGCUCUCGUUUGUGUCGGUCCUGCGGACAUCGUCGACGCUCGACUGGAUCGCGCAGCACUUGACCGAGGCCCAGCUCGAGUGGCUCACACUUACCGUCCACGUCCAGGAGUCGGAGCGCGCGUUCUUGGAGGAAACCCUCCGGUUCAACGCGAUGUUGCUCGAGCCGAUCCUGGAUUUUCAGGCGUCGCAUCCGAAGUUGACGGCCAAGCACGUCGCCAAGUUCCUCUCGAGCGCCACGAUCGACCAGAACCACAAAAACUUUCUCGCCCAAGUCCAGAGCGUCCUUGGUCAGCGCACGCUCUACGAUAAGGUGACGACGCGCAUCCAGGUGGAGCUCAAAACGACGAGCGCGCUGUGUCUGCAUGCGGAAAACCACCGCCAGUCCAUUCGCGCAGUCGUGGCAAGCCGCGUCGACAUGCACCCGGACACGCCCCCGACAAACUUGGUCGCCGAGUACAUGGCGGACCUUCUCGAGUCCGUUCAGAUCGAAGGUCUCAUGACGCAACUCAACACGCAUCUCGAAGCGAUGCGAGUAGUUUCGAGAGAUUUGCCUGCAUCUACGAUCAAUCCGUUCGUGGUCGGUGGGUUCUCGGACCGCGAUACCCUCGAGUCGUGGCUGCUGAGGGAGCUGUCCCCGAUGGAGGAGCAGCUCAGUGUCGCGCCGACCGUCGCCGUCGACGGCGUCAAAAUGGCAAAAGGCGAGUCAACCUACUCGCUGUGGUGUGGUGCUCAAGGCGACAUUGUCUCGAUGCAGUACAUUCCGCACCCGCAUGAGCUUCUCAAGCGCUUCGCAAAGACAGAUGUGGCAAACGGCCGCGUGGUGUUCCGGCUUGUUCGUGAUUUAGAACGAGAUGUGCGCCAGAUCCUGGCGCUGUACCAUUCCCUUGCGUCUGUCGUCGAUGCGCUCGUGUUUCGAGCCGCGCUGCAUCGUCCAGGUUCGGACGAAGUGCUGGGCGGCGAGUUGCGCGACAUGUUGCAUCAAUUGCACCACGACUGCUUCUCGCGACUCAACGAUCCCGCGUCGGCGCACGGCACGCACCAUGUGAACGACGUCAUGCUCGAGUGGCUCCAGGUCAAGCGCGAAUUCCUACACACGCUGCGGGCGACCGCUCUCAAAGCGGUCGUGAACGACAUCUUGAUGGCGAGUGCCGCGGCCGCCCCACCGUCUCGCCUUCUAUCGUUCCAGUACUUGAUCGACGAAGGUCGUGCGCUUGUUCUCGACGACACAACGUGCGAGGGGCCAGCGACAACCCGAUUCGUUACGGGCCUGUCCACGGCCGACUGUACAGCCGCGAGACAGGUGUGGAAGCUGCUCGAGACCCGUGCGGGGCCCACUGGGGGCAUCACGUACCUCAAGAAAUUUGACGCUUUUCACGCACUCCGCACGUACUUUUUUCAAAUUCCUGUCGUGAAAGAAGCGUCGCACGUGGACAAAGCGGUGGAGCUACAGGCGAUCUUGGCCACUGAAGCCGUGACAAAGGAGGCCAUGACGUCGAGUGGGGCUACCCAUCGGAAUUCGAUGCCGCCGUCGGUGGAGCUCCAAGUGCCCGAUCCUGGCGACCUCGACCACAUGAUCGACAACCUCCGCAAUCGCAUUGAGCUCCACCUCGUCGAUCAAGACAUUGCGAACGUGCGCUCCCUCUUCGCAUCGUUGCUCAAGUCGUUGAGCGAGUCGCCGUCCCCGCGGCGGCAGGCCAUCGUGGCCGGACAAGCCAAGCUGGACACGGUCGGAAUAUUUGUGACCCGGGUGCAGGAAGCCGUGGAAGCAGCGGUUGCGUCCAACGAGUGCUUUGGCAGUGACGUUGCUACGCUCUGUCGUACUUUCGUUGAAGCGACCCAAGAAGGCGCCAACUUUCGCCAAGUGGCGACUACAGCGCUCAAUGUGCAGUUGCGCCAUCGCAUUGCCACAUUGGAGGACACGACGGCCAGGUUGGACACUCAGCGCCGGCGGCAGGAAGCACUUGCGGACCAAGUGUUGGCCACAAGUGUUGUGGACAAGGCGUACAAGAUCAUCUUUGAGCUGGAAGAAGCGCGGCAUGCAAUCGACAUGGCGGGCGAAGAACUCGAUGUCGAGAAAGCCAAGAUAAUCUCGCAGAUCCGAUCCGAGUACGACGGCAAGCUGCGCGACCUCAACUUGGAGUUGAUUCAAAAGCACGGCCAGUUCGAAGAGUACCGGGCGGCAGUUCAAAACGAUCUGCGCGUGCAACUGCACGAAGUCCAAAAGUCGUCGGUCGGCAAGUUCAUCGAGACAGGGAUUCCCAUGCAGAUCAAGAGCCAGCUCGUUCGGUCCAUGCGGACCAACCUGGAGAUGGAGAAAAUCAUGGAGGAAAACACCGCGUUGAAGCAAACGCUGAUGAAGCUCCGGACGAUGUACGACCUCAAAGACUCGGCGACCCAAGCGGCGCACGACCAGGCCGAAGCGACGUUGUCGGCACAACUCGCCAAGGCCAGCUUGGUCUUCCAGCAGAAGAAUCAAGUCGAUGCCCAGCUCCACGCGACACAGACCCAGCUCAUCGCGCUGCAAAAGGACCUCCUUCGCGCCCAGUCGGCGUCCACUUCGUCCACCUCGACCGCCACCAGUGCCAUCCAUAAAGAGUACCAAGAGGCAGCCGUCAAAAGAACCCUCCACGUGACCAAAUUCGCAAGCCGGUUGAUUGCACGGCAAAAGGCCAAGGCCAUCGUGGCCAAGGCCGUGGGCGAUCCCGUCGAUGGAAUUGACGAUGAUGAUGGCAGUGGCGGCGACAACAGCGCCGAAGACGACAGCCAUCCACAGCGCCGCCAGUCGACGUCACCCUGCCACACCGACAACAGCGCGGCGACUCGCGACCACUACAUCCGAUCCGCGCACCACUUGAACCGAGAGAUUCGCCGGUUGCAGAAACAGCUUGCCAAGGAAGUCAAGGCCAAGACGGCGGCCCUCGAGCAGCUACACGCGGCCCGCGGCCACUCGCAUGUCCUUCUCGAACACGAGAACGCAAAGCUGCACACGGAGCUCGCCGACACCCAGCGGCGGUAUGUCGCGGCCGUCCAGGAGAUCGGCGAACUCCAGCACUUGAUCCAUCCAGAGCCUUGCGGUCACAUGAGUGCGAGAAACAUGGCUGCCACGGCAGCGGCAACCACCUCCCUCCGGCCCCCACCCACCUCGCCCUUUCCCUCGCUGCCGGUACAACCCGAUCGUGCGGCUGUCCUCCGACGGCCGCGAACUUCCCUGCCGUCCCGUCCCCACACGUCGUUCGUCCGCCCGAUGACGUCGUCAGGAGCGAAUCCGGCACGAAAACUCAAAGCAGUAGCGUCCGUGACUGCUUCAGACAGUGGAGGGGUUAACGCCACUAGCGCCCCCAACAACAACAACGAAGACGACAGAUGCGCGACUACCAAGCGGCCCAAGUCAGCCGCCGCCGCGCCAAAGACGACUCCUCGAAAAUACGACGUUGUCCUUCGGCAAGACGAGGACCUGCAGCAACAGCCGCAUGUCGAAGGAACGACGCACCAGUUGGCGGCGCGCACUCGCCCGUUGUAUCGAUGACCCAACACGUCAUGGAGGAGAUUCUUGAGAUUCAUGCACACGAAUACACCCCGACGGCACGCGUCGACACAGCUUCCUGGACGGACGGACAUGCAUCUAUCCUACGCGCCGUCCUCCCAGUCGCCUUCCAUAAGAACGUCGUCGUCUUCGUCGUCGUCUUCCGAUCUGCACACCAUAUCGUCGUCAUCAUCUUCCUCGUCGUGGCCGUUCAGGUCGUGGACGGCACUCCUUGACAUGCACGUGAAGUACAGGAUCUUCUUGAGCUCCUUGUUGUAAAAGAAGUAGUUGAAUGACCAUAACGUGCCGUCGCUGAACGGAUCCGAACACCCGUCCAUGUCAGGGAUGUAGCUGUAGACUUCGCAGUCGCCGGGCGCGAUCGCGGCAACGAUGGACUCCCACAGCUUCUCGAGGAACCCAAUGUUGUCCAUUUCGACGAUUUCUGCCAGUUGUGUGUUGAUCGCGUUCACUAUCGUGCGCAUGUCGACUUCCUUGUGGAACUGCUCUGGUUUCAAGUCGGAAAAGUCGUAGUCGGGGAAGGAAGCGUUCAUGGUCGAGAUCAAGUUGAUCAGGAGUUUCCUUGUGUUCGAGUCCGCCAACGUCCCGAUGGACACGUUGUUGUGUACGGUUGCGGGUGUUGCUUGUUGUUCAACAACGCUGGUGUUACCGUUGUUGUUGGAUUGGUACAGAAGUUCGAGCGACUUGGCGAGCUUUUUGUCUUGCCCUGCUUUCUUGCACGAGAAGCACUCAAGCCUCCCAUUGAUGACCCGGUCGCCGACGCAGAACUCGCUCAGCGCGGCGUUCGCCCAGCUCAGCGUCUUCUCCUCGAGGUACUUCAUCUUGUUUUGUCGUCCGCUGCUGAAUGCCGAUGAAACUGCAACAACUUUU